UAGUUUCCGAUCUUCAGCUGGAAACAAGGCGCGAUCGUGCGUCCCACCACCAUUAAACUUCCAGGGACAACGUCAGUUCACGUCACUGCCGCCCUUUUUUUCGUUUUCUAGAAACACUCAAGAGCCGUCUUGCCCCCGUUGCCCCGUCCGCUGCCCUCAUUCUUCCGCCACAUCCGCAUUUGGAUUGCAGACUGCGCCUACGGAAAUCAGCUUGAUGCGGCCUCAAAUGCGCAUGGGAGUACAGACGAUAUACCUCUAGUGAAAAUCGGAGAGCUUGGUCGUCUUUGCAAGAAGGACAACAGGAUCACCAGCCACAAUGGCCUUACCAAGGGAGUCGAGCUUUAUGCCGGCUAUCAAAUGCUCGUCAUGCGGUCUCGAUGUGGAAAUCUCCAUGAUGGGCGAGCACAUCUGCGGCGGCCCAGGAGCAGAGCCAUCGGCGCCGCCAGAUCGUCCAGACAGCCUAGGAUCAUAUGAUCAGCCGCCGCCGUUGGACAACAAGUACGGACGCAUGGCACCUCCAACACUAGACACCAGUGCCGCCAAUCUCCCAUAUUCGCGACAGGGUCAAUUAACACCUAUAAGCACAUCGACUGGUUCAAUUAGCAUCUCACCCAAAACUCCAAACAGCCAGGCUAUGGGCCGAAACGACGACUAUUUCCAACCGCAAAUCGCAAACGACUACAACUCGAACCAGCAAUCUCGACGACCUGGAGGAUACGGGGCUUUCGACGAUGGUGACGACUUCGGAUCUGAACAGACGUACCCGGGCGAACAAAAGAAGCAAGCGCCCAGUCUUCUUCAGCGUAUGAACACGAUCGCACCAGGGCCUUUCGAGAUGGGCAGGAGAGCGGGAGGUCGAGGAGCAACAAAGAACGCAUUCGCCCCAUCGAAACAGGACUCUUUGACCCCGGAUGAAAACAUGACAAACGACCGGCCACUGACUUCAGCAUCCAGCAACUCCUUCAUGUCUUCUGGAAGCAGCAACGCUGGUGGGAUUGCGCCACCAAGACUACCAAGAAAGAAUGGUUAUGGAGGAUUCGGACCGCCAGGAACAACCCCAGACGAUAUUGAACCUGAAGCCUACGUUAGCCGCGCAGGUACUUUCCCGCGACCUAGCGAACCCAUCGAGCCGCCUCUGAGAACGCCUUCAGCACCUCCCACUCGAUCUGACAGACUUCGAGGACAGCCGAGCGGCGGAGAGCAUGAGAGGAAGAUUUCCAUGGGGCCUGACACUUCAAGAGCACCACCACCGAGAACAAGUCUUCUGCGCCCGACAACAGCUGGAAGGGACGGCGUGCCACAGGUGGAUCUGGCGAGCGAGUUUGGUUCAUCGAACCCGUAUCACACUCCCUCCGCUUCUACGUCGUCCGGGGCGUCCAUGUUCAGCCAUGGUCGUCAGGCCAGUUCUCAGAGCAGCUCACAGUCUAGCCCGGCGAAUCCGCGAGGACGUCGAAAUCCCUCCGAUGUGACCAAUUUCGACAACUUGAUGAACGACAUCGAGUCUUCCAUGGAGGCGAUGAAAUCCCCCGGUAUGCCGCCACCAUCCCAGAAACCCCUGACGAACCCAUACUCGAGCCGCCGCGCACCGCCAUCUGUGGAUCUUCGAGAUGAUCCAGCUGUUCAAGGAGGCAGACCCCGUGCGAGAUCACCACUUGCGACACCCGACUACGACCGUCGCAACCCCAUGGACCGUAACCCCAUGGAACGUUACGAUCAAAAACAUGGUCGCCAAGCCAGCGAUCAGCGCAGCGUUUCGUCUCCGCCCCGCAACCGGCCCUCGCGAGGAAACUGCAAGUCUUGCGGCGAUGCCAUUACCGGCAAGAGCAUUUCAUCCUCAGACGGCCGUCUCACCGGACGCUACCACAAGGCUUGCUUCGUCUGCACCACCUGUCUCGAGCCCUUCUCUUCAGCGGAAUUUUACGUUCUCAACGACAAGCCUUACUGCGGUAACCAUUAUCACAAGCUCAAUGGCAGCUUGUGUGGGUCCUGCAGACGCGGCAUCGAGGGUCAGUACCUGGAAGACGAAGAACGUAUCAAGUACCACGUCGGUUGCUUCCGCUGCGGCGACUGCGGAAUGUCGCUAUCCAACGGCUACUUCGAAGUCAACGGCAGAUCGUACUGUGAAAAGGACGCCUGGCGCCGCAUGCAACCGCCGCCUCGCAUGGUCAACGAAGAGCGACGAGGACGCUCCCCCGGUGGCCUCGGUGUUCCCGGACAAGGUGGCCGACGUCCCAGUAACGGACAGUCCGGCAUGAGACCACCAAUCGGUCUCCCUCGCGGGCAGAGAAUGGGCCCCGGGGCCGGACUCGCCCCGCCUAUGCCGCCUACUAUGAACAAGCGCAUGACAAGACUCGGAAUGAUGUAAAUCACCAGGAAUGCCACACGAAUCCUUUCCGACUACAUAUUCGCUUCGUCGUAUAUGAAUCAUCAUUUACAAUGCAUUUUAAUACCCCACGACCCGCUCACGACCACGACAAAAACCUCAUCUCAACCCGCUACAUACACUUCAUUUUUUUGCCAUCUAGAGUUUUAUAUACCCAGUCCUUUGUGGACUCUGUUGAUACCUGCAUCGGACGACGCACUUAUCUUGUCUUCGUUUUGAGCAUGAGCUUAUGGAAGUUCUUUAGGAAGGAAAGCCAUUGCAGCAUUGGAGACAUUCCAAUUACGUGGCAAAGGAGCAGAGGAAGAAGACCUUGCAGGUGACGGGGUGCACACGAGUGCUUGUACAUAGCUAGCCGUCGAAAGAGGCUCGCCGGUUUAGAGACCACAACCCGUAGCAAGUCAAACAAACAAGAUCAACCUUGAGUCAACAUUCUUACCC